UGUUGUUGGGGAUGAAAAGCAAAGUGGUUGUUGGAGUGGUUCAGGUGUCCCAGUGAGGUUGGAGAAGGAAGAACAUUUUGUUUCCGGGUGUCUUUGAGCCGUGAGACACAGUUAAACUUGACUUGUGUGGAUCAAGUGCGCAUGAGGUAUUUUAUGUGUUUACCUGAGUUGAGUUUCCCCACGCCGAAUAGGCCUCGUCUUGUUUACAGUAGCUUGUUCCUGGCAACAACGUCACCGACUCUCUGACAUACCGGAGGGCGGGGCCACAGAGAAACAACCAAUCAGCGGUCCGGUUGGAGUGCCCGUAGAACCGGAAUAUAAAUACAGCGGAGCGAACCUCCGCCCGUCAUUUAAGAGGAAACAGAGGUGGAGCUCAGACUCAGAACAGAAAAGACUCUCCUACUCACAAGCGGAUUGAAAACAUCUGAAUUAGUCACUGGACUCCGCUUUGAAUCCAACUAAAGGUACAAAUCGACGACUUGGUACAGUACAGUUCCACUAUUUUGGAAGUUUGCUCUGUUUUUUGAUAGAUUUGAUCUUCAGAAUAAUAAUACAGCGGGACUUUGUGCUGGAGAUUGAAUCAGUUGGGACACUGAAGCCUCGGUGUCCAAGCAGCAUCUCUGCAGCGCACUCUUGUAUUUGACUGUCUGAUUUGAAAUAUGUCCACAAUAAUGGAACAGCCUUUUUAUGACGACUCGUUUCUCUCUGCUUAUGGCCAUCCAGGCGCAGCCCUGCCAGACUACAAGCUGCUAAAGCAGAAUAUGAACUUGAACUUCUCCGAUUCAUAUCGGAACUCAAACUUCAAGCCACAGCACCUGCGCGCCGACAGUGAUUUCUAUUCGGCCGGGACAGCGGACGUGGGCUCUCUGAAGCUCGCCUCUCCUGAACUGGAGCGACUGAUCAUCCAGAACAGCAACGGGGUCAUCACUACAACGCCGACACCUGCCCAUUUCCUAUACAACCGCGGGAUCACAGAGGAGCAGGAGGGCUUUGCUGACGGCUUUGUUAAAGCGUUGGACGACCUACACAAGAUGAACCAGAUGGCUCCUCCAAACGUGUCCAUCGGCACCGGUGGCGUUGCCUGCUCGGCUCCACCCUCGGUGUUCGGCUCAUCCAUGCAGCAAGAGCCGCUCGAGUACACCACCCUGGGCAGCUGCACCACGAACCCCAGCCUGUCCUCCACAGCCAGCUAUCCCUCCACCACCAUCAGCUACCUGCCGCCCCACCAGUACCACCAUCACCCCCAGGCCGUUGCGCACGGAUCUCACCACUUCCAGCACUCCCUGGCCGGUGUGGGCAUCCACUCGCAGCGGUACAGCGGGUUGAAAGAGGAGCCUCAGACGGUGCCCGAUAUGCAAAGUAGCGACAGCGGGUCUCCGCCGAUGUCCCCCAUCGACAUGGAGAACCAGGAGCGGAUCAAAGCCGAGCGCAAGAGGCUCAGGAACCGGCUCGCAGCCUCCAAGUGUCGGAAGCGCAAGCUGGAGCGCAUCUCUCGUCUGGAGGACAAAGUUAAAGUGUUGAAAACCGACAACGCCGGGCUCUCAAACACGGCUUCUGUACUGCGGGAGCAGGUGGCCCAACUCAAACAGAAAGUAAUGACACAUGUGAGCAGUGGCUGCCAGCUCAUGUUAGCGCCCAAAGUAAAGUCUUACUGAAGAAACAAACGCACUUUGAAAAACACUGGACAAGAACUGCACUGACAUUACAAUCAAUGAACAAUGUCUUUAUAGGCUACAUUGAAAGAACUGGACCAUUUUGGUUUCUUUGGCUGAAAGAAAAGUAGCCUACGCAGAAAUCACACAAGACUAAAACACUUCGGGCAUUUUUGAGCAAGUUAUUAAAAGUGUCGUCUUGGCUUUGCCUGUUUACAUUUUACUUUAAUUUGUGAUUAUGUAAGUUAUUUGUGUUCGUCAGGUUGACCCUGAUGAACCUGUGUUAUUUUUUUUUUUACCUGUACAGUAUAUAUUUAAGUAAAUGAAUUUAUGGAACAGAAA